GGAGCGUUCCUCCGCGGUGCCUGGCUUCCAGCUUCGGGCCGGAACCGGAAGUUUAGGGGGCGGGGCCGGCGGAGGCCAGGGGACCGAAAACGCGGCCGAGCCCGGAGCCCGGAGCCGGAGCCAGAGCCUGGACCAGAACUUGGCCGCCGCCUGCACUGCCGCCGCCGCCCGCCUCUCCUUCCCCGCGCCGCCGCCGCCGUUUCGGCCGCCACCGCCGCAAGCUCAACUGCCAGUGGUCCGGGGGACUUUGGGUGUCCGGGCUGAAGGUCGGUCCGGACGUCGGUCGGACCCAGCUCGGUUCCCGGACUGUCCGGGCGGCAGCGGACGCCGCAGCCGCCGCCUCUUCGUCGCCUCAGCCUGGCGUUUUGUUCCGAGAGACCCGAGAGGCGAGCGGAGCUGACAGUGAUUUUGACAGUGAUUUAAACCCGCUUUUGUUGUUGUUGGCUUUUCGUUGUUGGGUUUUGUGUGUUGUGCUUGUGUGUGGCGGUUUUCCCCCCGUGGUGCAUUUUUUUUUAAUUGUUGUGCUCGCUGUUUUUAUUUUUCAUUUUUUUUCCUCUUUUUUUUGACCCCGUGAACGCUUUUUUGGUCGGGGCUUCCGAAUAUGUUUUAUGACGGUUGAUUUUACACCAGGAGGUUUGUUUCCGAGGAAGACCCAGGGAACUGGAUAUCUAGCGAGAACUUCCUACGGCUUCCCCGGCGCCUCGGGAAAAUGGGAGCUGCUGCAAAGUUGGCGUUUGCCGUCUUUCUUAUCUCUUGUUCUUCAGGUGCUAUACUUGGUAGAUCAGAAACUCAGGAGUGUAUUUUCUAUAAUGCUAAUUGGGAAAGAGAUAGAACCAAUCGAACUGGUGUUGAAUCCUGUUAUGGUGACAAAGAUAAACGGCGGCAUUGUUUUGCUACCUGGAAGAAUAUUUCUGGUUCCAUUGAAAUAGUGAAGCAAGGUUGUUGGCUGGAUGAUAUCAACUGCUAUGACAGGACUGAUUGUAUAGAAAAAAAAGAUAGCCCUGAAGUAUAUUUUUGUUGCUGUGAGGGCAAUAUGUGUAAUGAAAGGUUUUCUUAUUUUCCGGAGAUGGAAGUCACACAGCCUACUUCGAAUCCAGUUACACCAAAGCCACCCUAUUACAACAUCUUGCUCUAUUCUUUGGUGCCACUUAUGCUAAUUGCGGGGAUUGUCAUUUGUGCAUUUUGGGUGUACAGGCAUCAUAAGAUGGCUUAUCCUCCUGUGCUUGUUCCAACUCAAGACCCAGGACCACCCCCUCCUUCUCCAUUACUAGGUUUGAAGCCACUGCAGUUACUAGAAGUGAAAGCAAGGGGAAGAUUUGGUUGUGUGUGGAAAGCCCAGUUACUCAAUGAAUAUGUGGCUGUGAAAAUAUUUCCAAUACAGGACAAACAGUCAUGGCAGAAUGAAUAUGAAGUCUAUAGUUUGCCUGGAAUGAAGCAUGAGAACAUAUUACAGUUCAUUGGUGCAGAAAAACGAGGCACCAGUGUUGAUGUGGAUCUUUGGCUAAUCACAGCAUUUCACGAAAAGGGUUCACUAUCAGACUUUCUUAAGGCUAAUGUGGUCUCUUGGAAUGAAUUGUGUCAUAUUGCAGAAACCAUGGCUAGAGGAUUGGCAUAUUUACAUGAGGAUAUACCUGGCCUAAAAGAUGGCCACAAACCCGCCAUAUCUCACAGGGACAUCAAAAGUAAAAAUGUGCUGUUGAAAAACAAUCUGACAGCUUGCAUUGCUGACUUUGGGUUGGCGUUAAAGUUUGAGGCUGGCAAGUCCGCAGGUGAUACCCAUGGACAGGUUGGUACCCGAAGGUAUAUGGCUCCAGAGGUAUUAGAGGGUGCUAUAAACUUCCAAAGGGAUGCAUUUUUGAGGAUAGAUAUGUACGCCAUGGGAUUAGUCCUGUGGGAACUGGCUUCUCGCUGUACUGCUGCAGAUGGACCUGUAGAUGAGUACAUGUUGCCAUUUGAGGAGGAAAUUGGCCAGCAUCCCUCUCUUGAAGACAUGCAGGAAGUUGUUGUGCAUAAAAAAAAGAGGCCUGUUCUAAGAGAUUAUUGGCAGAAACAUGCUGGAAUGGCAAUGCUCUGUGAAACAAUAGAAGAAUGUUGGGAUCACGAUGCAGAAGCCAGGUUAUCAGCUGGAUGUGUAGGUGAAAGAAUUACUCAGAUGCAAAGACUAACAAAUAUCAUUACCACAGAGGACAUUGUAACAGUGGUCACAAUGGUGACAAAUGUUGACUUUCCUCCCAAAGAAUCUAGUCUAUGAUGGUUGCACCAUGUGUACACACUGAGAAACAGGACUGAACUGGAGCUGCUAACGAAACUGCUUACAGUUUAUUUUCUGUGUGAAAUGAGUAGGAUGUCUCCUGGACAUCUCAGAAAGAAGACCCUCGUUUCAAAAGGUGGCUCUGGGAGACUUAAUGGCAUUGCCUGUAGCAGAGACAUGAAGGACAUGAGACUAAGAGAAAAGUUGCAAACUCUAAAAAGAAAGAAACUUUUGAAGAAGUGUACAUGAAGAAUGUGGCCCUCUCCAAAUCAAGGAUCUUUUUGGACCUGGCUAAUCAAGUGUUUGAAAACUGACAUCAGAUUUCUUAAUGUCUGUCCGAAGACACUAAUUCCUAAAAUGAACUACUGCUAUUUUUUUUUAAAUCAAAAACUUUUCAUUUCAGAUUUUAAAAAGGGUAACUUGUUUUUAUUGCAUUUGCUGUUGUGUUUCUAUAAAUGACUAUUGUAAUGCCAAUAUGACACAGCUUGUGAAUGUUUAGUGUGCUGCUGUUCUGUGUACAUAAACAAAGUCAUCUAAGUGGGGUACAGUAAAGAGGCUUCCAAGCAUUACUUUAACCUCCCUCAACAAGGUAUACCUCAGUUCCACGGUUGCUAAAUUAUAAAAUUGAAAACACUAACAAAAUUUGAAUAAUAAAUUGACCCGUUUUGUAACAAGGUAUUACAAAUUCACUGUGUUAUUUAAGAAAAAAGGUAAGCUAUGCUUAGUGCCAACAGUAAGUGGCCAUUCGUAAAGCAGUGUUUUAGCUUUUCUUGUGCUAGCUUGUGAUUUAAGGAAAAAAAAGUGUUUUUUGAAAUGAAAAAAUGGUGUCUUUACCCUCUUUCUCCCAUAUUUUAAAGCUUCAUCUUAUAUCCAGUUCCCAAAAUGUUGCAUACUUACUUACCUACAUAUUUUUCUAGGUGUGCUGUGCUUGGGGACUAUUUGAAAAUUUAAAGCAUGAUUUAAAUUUUUUAAAAAGUGAGCUGUAACACUGGAAAGCUCUUCAUUUUUAUUCUUUUAAAAUAGAUUUUUUUUUCCUAUUUAUAUAUGUAAAAUUGUAGUGUAUUUCUUUUCACCAAACAGUGUGUGGGACAUUCUUUAUCACUGUUUUAGGAUCACCUCAGGAAGUGUCAUUACCCAGAAUUCCUCACUCUCUGCUUUGAGACUUGUAACUUUAUCACUAUAUUUCUGCUUGGUGCCAUCUUGUCAGAGUAAUAUUUGAUGUCUGUGAUAUGUCAAGAAUUAUCCUAGGAUAGAGAUUUAAAUUUUUAAGCACAGAUUUCAGAUGUUACUGCUUUAAAACAAAUCAGGGAUAACAAGUUAAACUUAUAACUUAAAAUAUGCAAUGACAUUUAGAGGUAACCAAUGUUGAUAUAGGUAACAUAGCUUAGCCUCCUCCCACGAAUUGCUUUUACAACUAACCCUGAUAUUAGUUUAGGAUAGUUCAUGCCUUAUCUUUGAUAAGAAAAUGGAAUUGACGGUAGGUAGGUGCCAAAGUGCUUUUCAAAACAAUAUUAGAAUAUAAUUGGAUUCUUUCUCAAAUUUAUAGGCCAAAGUAAAACAUUAAUUUCCUGAAUUUCUGGAUUACUGAUGACCAACAAAUAGCCAGUAUUAUGCUAUGUACUUUUGUCAGGUCAUUUUAAAAUCCAUACAUUAAUUUUAUAAAAGAAUUUUUUACAUGUCACUAUCAGGAGCUCACUGUGAAUGUGUUAUCUUCAAAUGGCUAUUUAACCACACAGUACACUACAUUUUACAUAAAACAUGCACUUAAUCUCUGGGAAUAAUAAAUUAUAUUAUUUAUAAAUAAUACAUAGGUCAACAGACUCCUUUAAGCAGGGAGGGAAAGAAGAGUAACAGCAUUGUUGUCUGUGUGCCACACACCAUACAGAACUUUGUGCUCUUGGUCACGUAAUGUACCCAAGGCUUUGUUGUAUUUCUAAGAAUUCCCAUUUCAAUGUUGAGUUCACCUUUAUUUCAAAAAGUACUUGGCUUCUCAAUUUUUGGUUUGGUUUUGCUUCUACUUGGAAACUAAUUAAGAAGGGAAAAUGAUGAGAAUGUUCAUACAUGAAAAUUGUUAAUCUCCUGAAGACUAAUUUCUACCUGUUGUGAACAAUUCUGUUUUUAAAAGUUAAAAAAAAAAUCAAAAGAAAAAAGGGAAUAUUAUGAUGAAUGUUUGGCUUAUGUGAAUCUUAGAGAUAAACUUUAUAAGACCACUUAUUCACAAAAUAAAGUUUUCUCUUCAUGUUAGAAAAAAUUUUUAGAAAUCCUGGGUAUUGUACUUAACUCUAGCUAACCAAUUUUAAAACCUGUAUCCUUUUGAGAA